CAUUUGUAUGCGCCAGACUCAUGUGCCGCGGAAACGAGCAGCAUGUCCCGCAACAUUCAUCAUACCCUAGAAAUGGUGGGCAUAUUUUUCCUUCCGUCUCUCAGAAAAAACAAAAAACUCCCAACUUUCAAACUGCGCGGUCGCUGCGCGUCGCUGUACGGAAAAAUUAGUGGUUUUCUUUAUACUCGCGUGAAGCGAAGAACUUGUGAAUAUAAUUAAGAAGCGCGCGUUUUCAAAGCCAUUUACCUAAGCACUCUAACUAAGAAGUUGGCCAAAAGUUUUUCUUGUUCGCCAGCAUCGUUGCCGCCGCCGCCGCUGCCACCGUCGCCGCCACAAGACGGUUGUUGGGGCUGCUCGUCGAAAAGUGCUCCAACAAGAUUUCCACUUGAAAUUCCUGAAUUUCGUCUCGCAAUCGGAAUAUAAAAGCGCAAUUCGAAUAAAAUACGAAUGAAAAUUAAGUUUUUCGCAACGCAAAGAGCGGAGUGAUUAUUGUACAAGUGCCUGUGGUUUUUGUGAGUGUGUGUGUGUGCCGCGUCUGUCGAGUGUGUCACAAUUUCUGAGCCGAAAGGACUUUUGGAUUAGCGGUGCUUUUGACUCUGUUCCUGCUCCUGCUUCAGCUCCUGCUGCUCCCACCCCCCUCACCUGGCUGAAUUCAAACGAUGCGCCCAGCAGCAGGUCUCCGCUGCCGCUGUCGGCGACGAUGAUGCCACUGAUGCCGCUGAUGAUGAUGAAGUUGCUGCCGGGGCCACAGACCAACUGCUGACAGCCAAGUGCAUCUGCGAAAGAUACAAGAUACACGGGAGGAGGAGAGACGAUACACAAAAGCGAAAGGAACAGUGCAUUUCCUGCUGCUACCUAAACGGGACGGCGUCCGAGAAUCUACCUACAUUUUCGAGUGGAAGUGGAAAGAGGGUAGCCCUGCCACACUCGCUACUCGCCGCUCGCUGCUCGCCGCUUUCGCAGUCGCAGUCGCAGUUUCUGCUGGAUGUUUUCGUAGCGUAGUAGCCGAAUCAUCAUCUGCUUUCAUUUCGGUCAAGAAGCGCGUUCGCGACGGCUGCACAGAAAAACGAACGACAAACAAAAAACAACAAUAACCGAAGCGAGCGCCGGGGAGUGCGUGCGCGCGAGUGGAUAUUCCGCCUCCGCCCCCAAAAAUCCAAAGAGAGACAAAUACAGUGAGAGUGAGAGUGCCGUGAGCCCCCAUCAAUCCUUUCGUUCCAUUUCCGGGCAAAUAUUUACUCAAUCCGAAUACGAAUACGAAUCCCUGAUUGGUGUUGACAAAGUGGCGUCCGCCCAGGAAUCCUCCGACGGCGCUUUCAAUUAGGAACAAAAGCUGCAAGCUGCUGCUUAAAUGUGCCACAAUGGCACCGCCGUCCAGGACGACGACGAGGCUGCCAUUAUCAGCACCAGCACCAGCACCAGCUCCAGCCCCAGCCCCAACACCACCCGCACCAUUCCGGCGCCUGCCACUGCCACUGGUCCUGCUGCUGCUGUUGGUCCUGCACCAUGAGGCCAUCGUCCGGCCCGUCGGCGCCGAGCCAUAUGCCAUGGGCGGCUUUGGCAGUGCCAGCGUCGCCAGCGGCGGCCUGGGCUCCGUGGGCAUACACAUACCCGGGGGCGGUGUGGGCGUCAUUACGGAGGCCCGCUGCCCGCGGGUCUGCUCCUGCAGCGGCCUAACCGUCGACUGUUCGCACCGUGGUCUCACCCAGAUCCCCCGAAAGAUCUCAGCAGAUGUGGAACGACUCGAUUUGCAGGGCAACAAUUUGACCGUGAUAUACGAGACGGACUUCCAGCGGCUGACCAAGCUCCGAAUGCUCCAACUGACUGACAAUCAAAUCCAUACGAUUGAGAGGAAUUCCUUCCAAGAUUUGGUCUCGCUGGAGCGACUACGCCUAAACAACAAUCGACUAAAGGCAAUUCCUGAAAACUUUGUGACAAGUUCAGCGAAUCUUUUGCGAUUGGACAUUUCGCACAAUGUCAUCGCGACGGUGGGCAGACGCGUCUUCAAGGGCGCCCAAUCGCUGCGCAGCCUCCAGCUGGACAACAAUCAAGUCACCUGUCUGGACGAGCACGCCUUCAAGGGUCUCGUGGAGCUGGAAAUACUAACGCUGAACAACAAUAAUCUGACCGCUUUGCCGCAUAAUGCCUUCGGCGGACUGGGCAGAUUGAGGGCGCUACGACUGUCGGACAAUCCGUUUGCCUGCGACUGCCAUUUGUCCUGGCUGUCGCGCUACCUACGCAGCGCCCCGCGGCUGGCCCCCUACACCCGGUGCCAGUCCCCCUCGCAGCUGAAGGGCCAAAACGUGGCGGACCUGCACGACCAGGAGUUCAAAUGUUCAGGCCUGACGGAGCAUGCCCCGAUGGAAUGCGGAGCGGAGAACAGCUGUCCACACCCAUGCCGCUGUGCGGACGGUAUCGUUGAUUGCCGUGAGAAGAGCCUGACCAGUGUGCCCGUCACGCUACCGGACGACACCACGGAACUACGCCUCGAGCAGAACUUCAUUACGGAACUGCCACCGAAAUCGUUCUCCAGCUUUCGACGCCUGCGACGCAUUGAUUUGUCCAACAACAACAUCUCGAAGAUAGCCCAUGAUGCACUCAGCGGCCUAAAGCAGUUAACCACACUCGUGCUGUACGGCAAUAAAAUAAAGGACUUACCCUCGGGCGUUUUCAAAGGACUCGGCUCGCUGCAGCUGCUCCUGCUGAACGCCAACGAGAUCUCGUGCAUACGCAAGGACGCGUUCCGCGACCUCCACAGCCUCAGCCUGCUCUCCCUGUACGACAACAACAUACAGUCCCUGGCUAAUGGCACAUUCGACGCCAUGAAGAGCAUCAAAACGGUACAUCUGGCCAAGAAUCCUUUCAUUUGCGACUGCAAUCUCCGCUGGCUGGCCGACUAUUUGCACAAAAAUCCCAUAGAGACAAGUGGAGCACGCUGCGAGUCACCGAAGCGGAUGCAUCGUCGUCGCAUUGAAUCUCUGCGCGAGGAGAAAUUUAAAUGCUCCUGGGAUGAAUUGCGAAUGAAGCUGUCCGGCGAGUGUCGAAUGGACUCGGACUGUCCGGCCAUGUGCCACUGCGAGGGCACCACCGUCGACUGUGCGGGCCGUGGACUGAAGGAAAUACCACGUGACAUACCCCUCCACACCACUGAGCUUUUGCUCAACGAUAACGAACUGGGAAGCAUCAAUUCCGAUGGCCUCUUUGGGCGGCUGCCGCAUCUGGUGAAGCUGGAGCUGAAGCGCAACCAACUGACGGGCAUCGAGCCGAACGCCUUCGAGGGGGCGUCGCACAUCCAGGACCUGCAGCUGGGCGAGAACAAGAUUAAGGAAAUCUCCAACAAGAUGUUUCUUGGCCUCCAUCAGCUCAAGACCCUCAAUCUGUACGACAAUCAAAUAUCCUGCGUUAUGCCUGGCUCCUUUGAGCAUCUCAACUCGUUGACGUCGCUGAACCUCGCCUCGAAUCCAUUCAAUUGCAAUUGCCAUUUGGCCUGGUUCGCCGAAUGGUUGCGUAAAAAGUCGCUGAACGGCGGAGCGGCACGUUGUGCGGCCCCGUCGAAGGUACGUGAUGUGCAAAUCAAGGAUCUGCCCCACAACGAAUUCAAAUGCAGCAGCGAGAACAGCGAGGGCUGCCUGGGCGACGGCUACUGUCCGCCCUCGUGCACCUGCACCGGCACUGUGGUCCGCUGCUCACGCAAUCAAUUGAAGGAGAUUCCGCGCGGCAUUCCCGCCGAGACAUCCGAGCUCUAUCUCGAGUCCAAUGAAAUCGAGCAGAUCCACUACGAGCGCAUUCGACAUCUCCGCUCGCUCACCAGACUCGAUCUGAGCAACAACCAGAUCACCAUACUCUCCAACAACACCUUCGCCAAUCUGACCAAACUAUCCACGCUCAUCAUCUCGUACAACAAGCUGCAGUGUCUGCAGCGGCAUGCGUUGUCUGGCCUCAAUAACCUGCGCGUGCUCUCGCUGCACGGCAAUCGCAUCUCGAUGCUGCCGGAGGGCUCCUUCGAGGAUCUCAAGUCAUUGACACACAUAGCCUUGGGCAGCAAUCCCCUGUACUGCGACUGCAGCCUCAAGUGGUUCUCCGACUGGAUCAAGCUGGACUACGUGGAGCCGGGCAUUGCGCGCUGUGCGGAGCCCGAGCAGAUGAAGGACAAGCUGAUCCUGUCGACGCCCUCGUCCAACUUUGUGUGCCGCGGCCGCGUGCGCAACGACAUCCUGGCCAAGUGCAACGCCUGCUUUGACCAGCCCUGCCAGAACAAGGCCCAGUGCGUGGCGCUGCCCCAGCGGGAGUACCAGUGCCUCUGCCAGCCGGGCUACCACGGCAGACACUGCGAGUACAUGAUAGACGCCUGCUACGGCAACCCGUGCCGCAACAACGCCACCUGCACGGUGCUCGAGGAGGGACGCUUCAGCUGCCAGUGUGCCCCCGGAUACUCGGGCGCCCGCUGCGAGACGAACAUCGACGAUUGCCUGGGCGAGACCAAGUGCCAGAACAACGCCACCUGCAUCGACGGCGUGGAGUCGUACCGCUGCGAGUGCCAGCCAGGGUUCAGCGGCGAGUUCUGCGACACCAAGAUCCAGUUCUGCAGCCCGGAGUUCAAUCCCUGCGCCAACGGGGCCAAAUGCGUGGACCACUUCACGCACUACAGCUGCGAAUGCCAGGCGGGCUUCCACGGAACAAACUGUACGGACAACAUCGACGACUGCCAGAACCACAUGUGCCAGAACGGCGGCACCUGCAUCGACGGCAUCAACGACUACGUGUGCAAGUGCCCCGACGACUUCACCGGCAAGUACUGCGAGGGACACAACAUGAUCUCCAUGAUGUACCCGCAGACGUCGCCCUGCCAGAACCACGAGUGCAAGCACGGCGUCUGCUUCCAGCCGAAUGCCGCCGGCUCCGACUACCUCUGCAAGUGCCAUCCGGGCUACACGGGCAAGUGGUGCGAGUACCUCACCAGCAUCAGCUUCGUGCACAACAACUCGUUCGUGGAGCUGGAGCCGCUCCGCACCAGACCCGAGGCCAAUGUGACCAUCGUCUUCAGCAGCGCGGAACAGAACGGCAUACUCAUGUACGACGGACAGGACGCCCACCUGGCUGUGGAACUGUUCAACGGACGCAUCCGGGUCAGCUACGACGUGGGCAACUAUCCAGUGUCCACCAUGUACAGCUUUGAGAUGGUGGCGGACGGCAAGUACCAUGCCGUCGAGCUGCUCGCCAUCAAGAAGAACUUCACGCUGCGCGUGGACCGCGGCCUGGCACGCUCCAUCAUCAACGAGGGCUCCAACGACUACCUGAAACUGAUGACGCCCAUGUUCCUGGGCGGCCUGCCCUCGGAGCCCGCACAGCAGGCCUACAAGAACUGGCAGAUCCGCAACCUGACCAGCUUCAAGGGCUGCAUGAAGGAGGUGUGGAUCAACCACAAGCUGGUGGACUUUGGCAAUGCCCAGCGCCAGCAGAAGAUCACGCCGGGCUGUGCACUGCUCGAGGGCGAGCCCGCCGAGGAGGAGGAUGAUGAGCAGGACUUCAUGGACGAGACGCCUCACAUGAAAGAGGAACCCGUGGAUCCCUGCUUGGAGAACAAGUGCCGACGGGGCAGCCGGUGUGUGGCAAAUGCCAAUGCCCGAGAUGGCUACCAGUGCAAGUGCAAGCACGGCCAGCGCGGACGCUACUGCGAUCAAGGUGAGGGCAUCACAGAGCCCCCAACAAUCACCGCAGCAUCCACGUGCCGCAAGGAGCAGGUGCGAGAGUACUACACGGAGAACGACUGCCGCUCCCGGCAGCCGCUGAAGUACGCCAAGUGCGUGGGAGGCUGCGGCAAUCAGUGCUGCGCGGCCAAGAUUGUGAGGCGCCGCAAGGUGCGCAUGGUGUGCAGCAACAACCGCAAGUACAUCAAGAACUUGGAUAUUGUCCGGAAGUGCGGAUGCACCAAGAAAUGCUACUGACUGAAAGAUGCGACUACCCAAUUGCUCGAACGGAGCAAUAGCAGCUUAGAUGUUAGUUUAGGAACAGGUUUAAAUUUAAAUUAUAAUAGUAGUAGUAGUAAUAGUACCGAUAGUCUUAGCUUUAGCCCUAGGGAUACCACGAAACUGGGGGCCGAGAGUGUUGAAAAGGAGGAGGAGGAUGAGAUGGAGCCGGAGACGGAGACGGAGGCUUCACUAGGCCAUGCUGAUGCGGGGGAUAGCGAGGACUACCCCACGGAGCAGACAGAUCGCAUGCAGGCAGAUCUCUACGAUGAUGAUGAUGAUGAUGAUGACGAUGGUCUGGACGAUGAUGAUUUUCCAGGUGAAAAUGAAAACGGAGAGGAUGAGCAGGAGCAGGAGCGGGAACCCGAGUCGCUACCCGACCCCAAGGGUCUGGUGGGCGUCCAGGAUGAGGAGGAGGAUAUGGGCUAUGACGAGGAUGAUGAGAGAAUAGCCCUGGAGCGUCCGCGUACAGUCAGGCCACGGGCGGAUGAAGAGCAGUUCGUCAAUGAGGAGGGCAGUGGCUUUGGCGGCCUGCAGACGCGUUUCCGGCCAAGCAGCAGUAGCAGCAGCAGUGGCAGCGCCAGCUACCGCCAGAGCCAAUUAGAGAACAUCCGCAAGAAACUGCUGACGGAGAGCCAGUCCGCUGCGGCGGUGGCAGUGGCCGUGGCCGUGCCGAGCACUGCGAUCGAUCUGCGCGAGAGCAGCGGCCAUUUUGCUAACGAUGAUGAGGAUGGCGAGGACAACGAUGACGGCGUCGAUGACGAGUUCGCCGACACAGGCGACGGUGCUGGCUUCUUUGGUGCUGGCUCGCAGCAUCAGCAGCAGCGGAAGAGUGGCAGCCACUAUUACCGCAAGAACGGCAACGAUGCCAUCAAGAUCAUCUCGACGCCGCUCGGAAAGGUGAGCAUCGUCUACCAACAGACGGACAAGGAUCAGGAGCAGGACAAGGACCUGCAGCAGCAACAGAAGAAGCCAGCGCUCACCGACUUCGAUGCCUUGUCGCCCGACCCAGAGAGCAGUCAUCGUUUUCCGUCGCCACAUCCGAAGAUUACGCCCGUUCUAACACCCGAUGGCAAGGUGGCUCUGCUCUACCGCGGAGACUCGGAGAACUCCAAGUACGAGCCCAUACGCAACCUCACACACAAAUUCGCCGGCACGCCGUCGAAGGAGCCCUCAAAGACCUCCCUGGACAGCGCAGCCGACGACUCCUCCUCGGACGAUUCCGUGUAUACGGACAGCGAGGAUAGCGAUGACCAUGGGGAUGGCAAGUCCGAGGCCGCAGCGGCCACCACGCCAAAGCCGGUCCUGCCAGAGAUUAUGGAGCCCCCGGCUAAUGUCCAGCCUGGCGGAUCCUUCAUCAUCCGCCCCACCUCCGACUCGCUGCUGCCCAUGAUCAACCGGCCGCUGUCCGAGGUGCUGGGCAUCAAGAAGAACCAGUUCCAGGAGACGCGAGUGCGCGAUCAGCUGCCCACUCUGCCCACGGAGGCCACUCCUCGCUCCCUGCUGGCCCAGCCAGGCGGAGCUGGUGGCGAAACGCCGCGUCACUUCCUCACGAAGGUGAACCUGGCCGAGUACCCCACCUCCGGGCGCACGCUGCAGCAGCCGCUGCUUCCGUUCAGCCGCGACUUCGACUUCAGCAGGGACAACACGAUGCUGGACGAGCGGUCCCGCAUUCGAGAGCUGGAGAAGCAGCGCGAACGGGAGCGGGAGCACAACGAGGCCACCAGCAAGGGCGGCGGUGGGGCCACGGAGGCCCACACGAUAGCCAACGAGCAACUGCUGUCCAAGACGGAGGUCAUCAAUCUGGCCAUUGUGCCGCAGUUCGACGAGGACAUGGAACGGCUGCAGCGCCUGCACGAGAACGGAGGCGGGGGCAGGCGUCACCACAGGGCGCGCCACCGCCACAAGCAGACGGAGGAGGAGCUGUCCGGCAUCCAUUGCGUCAUGCAGGUCAUGAUGGGCAUUGCGGCCGUCUCGACGGUCUUCGGGAUGCUGGGCACCUUCUUCAAGCAGCGCAUUCUCGAUCAGCUGCGGGUGAUGCACUGGUAGUACAACAAAGGGUGUUCGAUGUUCGGUGUCGAAUGCCCCACUUUCCCCAUUUCCCCAAUCCCUCCGCAUCGUCAUCGCCAUCGCCAUCGUUGUCGUCGUCAUAAUUGUCCACUCUAUCGAUUCCCGCUACUACUAGGAUACGAGGCAUUCUCCUUCUACUACUACUACUACUGCUCCUUCAGCAUAUGUAUACUCACAGAUAUAUAUACUCGAACCAUAUGCCAUUUAUACACGUCCCUAUAUAUACAUCAGAUAAUCGCAUAAUCUAUAUACAUAUAGUAUACAUAUGGAGCAGCGGCAUCGAUUUGCUUUCUUCCCUUUCCGCUUUUUAUAUCUACUAUGUAAUCCUUCGGUGGGGUAUCCAGCAACUGAUGGAAAUACCUUCAUUGGGCUGCUGGCAUAUCCUCGCCACAUAUACGUAUAUAUUCCAUAUAUAUUGAUAUAUAAAUUUACUAGUGCAAGCUACCCAGGCGAUGUGCAUAAUAACUGAAUAACUAACUGAUUAAAUGGCGAUCUAACGAUCCGAAUAUCCAGUCUAUGUAUGUAUGUAAAUGAAACGCAACUGUAGCCCCUGCCAUGUCCAUGUCAAUGUCCGUUUCCGCUUCCGUUUCAGAGAGAAAUUUACUUUCCUGGCCCCCCCCGCAAAUUCUCUUUCCUUCGCACAAUUUAGUGUGUGCUUCCUUCCCCAUUACAAAAAAAAACAAAAGCAAACCACCUUUACGAGCUUUAAGCAAGUCAUUGCAUGUGCCACGCCCCUGCCUGCCUGCCCGCCAUAGCAUGCGCCCAUCUGAAACAUUCCCCUUGCCCCAAAUCAUCAGAUCCUCCACCUCCAAAUCGAAAGAACACUGAAAUUGGAUUUAGUACAGAUUCCUUUUGUAGAUAGAAAACGAAACGCAACAGUUGAUGAAAGAUAACCAGAUGAACGAUUGAUAUCGAAUGACAAAACGAUAAAUGAUAAACGAUAAGCUUAACGAAACACACACAAUUACACAAUGCAAGAGUCGUUUUAAACGCACCAUGCAAACAACAGUCUCAAAGAAACGAGUAGCAAACGAUAAUAAGUGCAUAUAAACGGAACCUUCUUAAGUUUAAGUUGCUCAAAUGAAAUGAAAUGAAAGUAUUUUGAUAGAACAGAACGAACAACCAGGAAACAAAGAAUCGAAUGAGAGAAUCGAAUCAAAUCGAAUCGAAUCGAAAACAAAACAACAAAUUGCCCCCAAAAAACGUGUAACGAAUUUCCAGCAAAUUGUUGCAAGUGUUUUCCCUAGAACUAGACUAGAAGCAUACAAAUAAUAAUAAUAGUAACUAUAAUAAUAAUCGUAACUAAACUAAACCUGUGUGCAAACGAAGCGUAACUAAUCUUACAAUUAACGAAAACCAAUAUCCUAAACAUAAUUCGGAUAACAACAUCUAAGCUGGGUAGUCGCAUGUAAAUCUCUAACUAUUAACAAUUACCAACCUAAGUUAGUCCUAAAGAAACGAAAACAAAAAUCGAAUUGCAUUUAAAG